AUGGCUCCCUCGGUACAACUUCUCGAUCUCCCGACCGAGAUCGUCUCGCAGAUCAUCGCUGAGUAUGUCCGUGUUGCUGGCCAUAUAAAAGCUUGGAAUUCGCGAGAAGUGUGCACUACCUUCAGAAACCUCAUCCAUGAGAUAGUGGAGCAUACAGCACUGUCCGAAUUUGCCGACUUAAAUUCCUAUGAGCAGGACAAGACCGAAAGAAUCCUUCGCAUUAACCUGGCCGAUUUCCUUGAGCGUCGCCUACAGAAACCGGCAUAUGAUCAGUUCGAAUGGUUGGCCAAUUUCAUCAACGCUCUCAUCGAUACGGUCAUAAAAUUCGAUAAGGACUCCGACCACUCCGGCACAAGGCGGAAGUACAUGGCCGACAUCCUUAGGUGCUACACCUACGGGAUGCGCGAAUGGCGGGCAUUACGGGGCCUAUUGGCGCAAGCACGUUUCACCAUGCCGGAUAUUAAGGCAAUGGAUGCGCUGUCGGCCGCCGCUGCAGUAGGCAAUCUACGCGCAACAAAGCACUUCCUUCAUGAAGGCGCCAUGGACAUAUUCAAAGAAACCUUUAUCGUGCACCCUGCCCAUGGAGUGGGCAAACCGGGGUUCGUGCAUCCCCUAGAGGCUGCGGCAUGCACCUGUCAAGUGAGAAUCCUGAAGUAUCUGCUGGAGGUUAUCGAAAGCUGGGAAAAGCCACAAUAUGCUCCGUUGCACCGCUAUCCUAUUGUGGACCGAAUCCAUGACGCCCUUCAGUCAGCUAUCGAGUCCGCACAGCCGAAAGCAAUCAUUAUCCUCUAUAAGUUCCUCCGCAAGCACCGGCUGUAUUGCUCAUCGGACCACCAGCGUUGUACCGGCGGUUGCGCUUGCCGUAAUACCAUAAAGGCUGCCGCAUCGGGUUGCGUCGAUACAGUUCGAACUGUGGUGCAUUGCUGGGGGUCGGGCCGGAUCGACCACCAGCGUUUCGUGGACAAAUGCAAAUACUACACGUUCGACACGGCAUUCAAGUACGGUCACGAAGGUCUCAUCCGGCAAUUGUUUUGGAAGAACAUACAAGUCUCGAAUUUGGCAUCUGCUGACUUCCACAAGUACCACUACCGGGCCAUUGCGGACAUCCUAAUCGAAAACGAAUUGGAGGUCGAAGGCACCUACUGGAAUCCACUUCUUUGCGCGAGCAUCAGCGGUAACAUCGCCAUGAUGCAUUUCUUGGUCCAGCGUGGCUCUCAUCUGUCCGGCGAAGCUCUGAUUCGUAUUGAGUGGGAACUGGAGGACGCGAAAGUCGGUCUCUACCGGGGCAAGAAAGAGCGGAUGCUCGCUUACUACUUCGCUUUCGAGCUAGCAGGACGGACGUUUCCGCAAUCCAGGGAGACUCCGCUUCUGAAGGAGUUGGUGCGCGAUAUAGAGGCGGAUGAUCGUUGGAAGGCAAUGGUGGCUGAGGUUCUCACGCCCAAGGAGAUCUGGGUCGUACCUGGUGAGAAGCUCUUCGGUCAGCAUCUCUUAGACCAAGGCUUCUGA